CCAAAUAUGUCUGCAUUCAUUUACUGCAAGUUUAAUUUGUGUGCCAGCACUACUCCUAAAAGCACUAGUUCGAGUUUGUUGGUAUCAUACGAGUGCUGUGUGGUUGUAUGUAGCUCCAGAGUGUGGUUAUCGACAAAUAUUGUAUUUAACGAAGGAGGUAAGUGCAUUGGCUUAAUCUUGUUACGAGUGUAUAUUUGUAAAAUUUACUGAAUUCAAAAGUGCUAAAAUAUUGUGUUUUUUAUUUUUAUUGCGAACGUCUGCGCUUUGAAGAGUAUUGAAAGCAAAUUAAAUAAAAUCAACACAGUCAGUUUGAAAUAAAAUCCUGACGGCACCGGUGUACAGAAUUUAGAAUACGGCUAAGCGAACAGUUAACGAAAGUUAAAGUUAAAAAUUGUGUUAAAAUUGAAAAUAAUAUAUAUUUUAGAAAUAACUGAAUAACUACAUCAUACAUACUAGGUAUGCAUCUAAGACAGCUGUACCUCUAACGAAGAUUGUCAAAAGCUGUGCUUAAAAAUUGGCAGAAUUAAUUUUUAGUGGAUACCAUGACGGAAAACGUAACUUCAACAUCUUCGCCCAAUGUGAACACAAGCUCUGUAUUAACGCAGAAUGACUGCAGUUCAAGAACUUAUCUAACUGCGAAGAAACAGCUUGAUGAUGAAUACAAACCAGAGCAUUAUCGUGAUCAAGUUAAUGGUCAAUCAUCAGUUGGCGCUUUUGUGCAUUUGCUCAAAGGUUCUUUAGGUUUCGGUAUACUCUCCAUGCCGAUGGCUUUCUACAAUGGUGGCUUACUCUUCAGUAUGGUUGCCACGCUGAUCGUGGGCUUGCUUUGUACGCAUUGUGUACACAUUUUGGUAAAAACCUCACAAACUAUUUGUCGUGAGAAUAAAAUCGCGGCGCUGAGUUUUUCGGAAACCACCGAGAAGGUUUUCGAAGGUGGUCCAAAAUGCUUACGUCCGUGGUCACUCGUUGCAAAACGUUUCGUAGAUGGCGGACUGAUGGCAGCCCAUUUUGCGGCCGCGUGCGUUUACAUGGUGUUCAUUGCCACAACAUUUCACGACGUGAUCAACUAUGACACCGAUCUGAAUUGGGAUGUGCGCAUUUAUAUUGCAUUCACCGUCAUACCUUGCCUACUAAUCGGUCAGAUAAGGAAUCUAAAAUGGCUGCUGCCCUUCUCAGCAUUUGCGAAUAUCUUCAUUGUGAUCACAUUCGGUAUAGUGCUGUACUAUCUGUUCAGCGAACCAUUGGUGUUCGCCGACAAACCGCUGAUUGCGAGAACCGAACAGAUACCACUCUACUUUGCCACGGCCAUCUUCGCCAUGGAGGGUAUUGGCUCAGUUAUGCCCAUUGAGAACUCGAUGCAGAAGCCGCAACAGUUUCUUGGCUGUCCCGGUGUGCUCAAUACCGCUAUGAUCCUGGUGGUGAUAUUCUAUUCGGCCAUCGGUUUCUUAGGUUAUGCACGUUUUGGCAGUGAAGUGCGCGGCAGUAUCACAUUGAAUUUGGUGCAGGGCACACCUUUGGCUGACACUGCGAAACUGCUCAUCGCUGUCGCUUCGCUCUUCACUUAUGGUUUGAUAUUCUAUGUAUCGAUUGAUACUCUUUGGAAGAAUAUUAGCCAUAAAAUCAACAAAAAGAAUCAUAAUAUCGCUCAGAUACUGAUACGCACGGGCAUCAUAUUGAUUAGUGGCGUUGUGGCCACAGUCAUACCCAAUCUGGAACCGUUCAUCAGCCUUGUGGGCGCCAUCUUUCUCUCAUUACUCGGCCUUUUGGUGCCAAGUGUCUGUGAGACCGUUUAUUUGUGGCCCGACCGCUUGGGCUUCUGGAAAUGGAGGCUGUACAAAAAUUUGCUCUUAGGUACCUUUGCGUUAUGCGCGCUCGUUGCUGGCUCAGUAGCGAGCAUAAAUGAAAUUAUUAAAAUAUAUCAGUGAUGCAUAAAGUUUUUUUAUGUUUAAGCAUAAAAUUAUUCACAUAACUGUAAAGUAUCCAUAUAACAGUUAUAAUGAAAGUUCUGUAAGUGCUAGUUAGAAAGUAACCAGUCAGCAGCAAUUUUUCGAAGUAUUUAUUCAUUUUAUGCUCUUAAGUUAGGUUAAGCAGCUGUGAUUGAAAAUUAUGAAAGUAGUUUUCAUGUUAUUGUAUUUUAAUGCAAAGCGAUUCCUUUUAUAAUAUUUAUAAAAAUAUAUAAACUUAUUAAAUUUA